AUGGAGGCUGCCUUGCUGAAGCCGGCGAUGAUGGCGGAGGUGAAGGGAAGCGGCGUCGGCUCCGCCGUCAGCGCCGAAUUGGAGGUGAAGAAGCUGCAGGAGCUGGUGCGGAAGCUGGAAAAGCAAAACGAGCAGCUCCGGAGCCGCGCCGCCGCUGCCGCGGUCACGACCGGCCCGCCCAGCCCUCACCUGCUGCUGGCCCCGCCGCCGGCCACCGGUGGACUGCGCCCCGCCAGCCCCCCAUCCGUGGUGGGCGGUGGGGCCACACCAUGCUUGCCCAGCCCCGUGCCCACCCUGCUGUGUGCCACCGCGCUGGGCCCGCCGGAACCCCUUGCCUAUUUCAAACCCUCGGCUGGCCUGCCCGCGGCUGGCGGCGGGGGGCAGGAAGCUGCCGGCGGCAGCAGCCCGGGGGCGGUGGCGGCCACGGUGCUGGACGAGGUUGCGGUGCUGGAGCUGGAGGAUGGCUGCUGCGAACAGGACGAGGAUACAUGGUUGUACGUCUUGCCUACCAAGAUUCUCACUCCUCCGGAGAAAUCACUGAGCCCUCUGCAGUGGUGCAGGCGUGUUCUGGAUCAUCCAAGUCCCGAAAUAGAGGCUGCAAAACGUUCCCUGUGCUUUAGAUUGGAACAAGCUAGCCGAUGGCGGAACCUCUUCUCUACACCUGUCUCCUUGGCUUUUCCUUAUAGUCCUGUUGCAAGACUCACCCCAUAUACCAAUGGCUUUAAUAGUUCCAGCUUCUCUAAAACCUCCAGUAAAGCAAUACUAACACCUGAACGGACAGGUUACAUUUCUAGAAGUUCCCCUUUGAGCCCACAGUCAUCCAUAGACAGUGAACUGAGCACCUCAGAGCUGGAGGAUGAUUCCAUCUCCAUGGGAUACAAGCUGCAGGACCUCACUGAUGUUCAAAUCAUGGCUCGUCUACAGGAGGAGAGCCUUAGGCAAGAUUAUGCUUCGACUUCUGCAUCCGUGUCAAGGCACAGCUCAGGCGUCUCUCUGCACACAGGAAAGAAAGGGACAUGUGGUGACCAGGAGUAUGAUCGCUAUAGUCUUGAGGAUGAAGAAGAGUUUGACCACCUCCCACCUCCACAACCACGCCUGACUCGCUGCUCCCCCUUCCAGAGAGGGAUUCCUCACUCACAGACUUUCUCCAGUAUCCGGGACUGCAGGAGGAGCCCUACCUCCCCGCAAUUCCCUUCAAAUACUUAUCAACAGCCCUACUACUCUCCUCAAGCCCAGACUCCAGAGCAGCAGCCAAAUAGGAUUAAUGGAGAUAAACUUCGAAGAAGCAUGCCUAACCUCGCUCGGAUGCCAAGUACCCCCACCAUUAACAGUAAUGCUGGCUUUGCCAGUUCUCCAGUCACUGUGAGGAACAGUCAGAGCUUUGAUUCCAAUUUGCAUGGAGCAAGUAAUGGGAUUUCAAGGAUGCAGUCGUGUAUUCCAUCACCAGGACAACUUCAACACAGAGUUCACAGUGUGGGACAUUUUCCAGUGUCUGUCAGACAGCCUCUCAAAGCUACUGCCUACGUAAGCCCAACAGUACAAGGUAGUAGUAGUAGUAGUAGUAGCAGUGUUCCAAUGACCAACAACUUACAGUUAUAUUCUAACACUGGGAUUCCAAUGCCAAACAAGACUGCCAGUCAAGGGAUUGUAGGGCGCAGUGCUCUUCCAAGACCGUCGCUGGCCAUCAAUGGGAGUGGCAUACCCAGAAGUAAAAUUGCACAGCCAGUUCGAAGUUUUCUUCAACCUCCAAAGCCACUUUCGUCACUCAGCACAAUGCGGGAUGGGAACUGGAGAGAUGGCUGCUAUUGA